UUUUCCAAACUCCAAAACAAACAAAGAUGCUGAAUGAACUUAGAAAUUCUAACCUGACCCUCGUCGUUUUGAUUUGCUUUGUGCUUAUAGCUUCAAGGCUGCGUUCCGUCAGUUCUUCUGUGUACAACCCACACAACACCCUAAAGAAGCAGUUUGGGAAGUGGCUUCAAUACCACGGAAAAUCAUAUGGAGGAAAGGAUGAGUGGAUGUUCAGGUUUGGGAUAUUCCAGUCUAAUCUCCAGUUCAUUGACUACAUCAACUCCCUCCACUUGCCCUUUAAGUUAGCGGAGAACAGAUUUGCGGACAUGACCAACUCCGAGUUUAAGGCCCAUUUCCUCGGGUUAAACACGUCUUCCUCGAGGUUACACAGCAACCAUAGUUGUGACCCAUCAGCAUCAGGCAAUGUUCCGGACGCUGUGGACUGGAGGAAAGAAGGUGCUGUGACUCCCAUUAGAGAUCAAGGAAGAUGCGGAGGUUGCUGGGCUUUCGCUACGGUUGCAGCUAUUGAAGGCAUCACCAAGAUAAAAACAGGGAAUUUAAUACCUCUCUCAGAACAACAACUCAUAGAUUGCGACACCGGAAGUUACAACAAAGGCUGUAGUGGUGGAUUAAUGGAAACGGCAUAUGAAUACCUCAUAGCCAAUGGUGGACUCGUCGCCCUGGACGACUACCCAUACACAGCCACAGAUGGUACCGGCUGCGACCAAGAAAAAUCCCAAAAUAAAAUCGUUACGAUUACAGGAUACGAAAAGGUAGCCCCGAACGAGGCGAGCCUAGAAGUCGCUGCUGCUCAACAACCAGUAUCAGUUGGAAUUGACGCUGAUGGGUUUAUCUUUCAGUUCUACUCUUCUGGUGUUUUCACAGGUUACUGCGGAUCAAGUCUCAACCAUGCAGUGACUGUUGUUGGAUAUGGAGAGGAAGCGGGCGAAAAGUAUUGGAUCGUAAAGAAUACAUGGGGAACUGGUUGGGGUGAAGAAGGCUACAUACGGAUGGAACGAGGUUAUCGUAAAGAGACGGGUAAAUGUGGUAUUACUAUGCUUGCAAGCUAUCCCCUGCAGUGAGUCCUCAAGAGCCUUUUCUAUUUCGUUAACAAAGAAUUAAUAUGAAAAAUUUCUGUGACAAUCUGCAAUAGCGCAGCUAAAAUAAUUACAUAGUGAAAUAAUGUACUAGAGAUAAUUGAGAACCAGGGUGCUGUUUACAGGAUUCCAAAGAUAAGAUGCGAUUAUAAUAGAAACAUGUAUUUAGUCUGGAUGUAAUACCUGGCCAUUAAAUCACAAGAGAUUCCCUUGAACCA